AUGCACUUCCACCACGAAUCAUUAACAUCACAGGACUUCUCUUUCCAGGCAAUUUGCAUGCAAGUGAAUAUUCUCUCCAUCUCCACAGAGACCCACAGACGCCGGACUAACAAGAUCAAAGCUGGCAGAGUGUAUUCGCAGACGGCCUGGGCGGCCGGGAUUACCGGAAGUCACUUGUACCUCGCUCGGAGUGCGAAACCACCGUCGCAACUCGUUUCCGCCAACUGUAGCCCGAUUUCUAAGGUCCCGGGACCAUGGCACACCAAGUAUACGAACAUGGUUGUCAAGUACCAAUGGCUCAGAGGCAAAAAAGUGGAGUACGUCCAUGCUCUACACGAAAAGUAUGGCGCAACAGUGCGCGUCGGCCCAAAAGAGGUGCACACCAGAGACAUCACUGCUAUUCGAACGAUAUUCAGCGUCAAAGAGGGAUACCUCAAGGACUGGUGGUACGAGACUGUCCAGUUCCCCGGAUUCAGGAGCAUGUUCAGCACGACGGAUCCGAACUUUCACCGAAACCACAGGAGACUGUUGCAGGGUCCACUAUCCGAGUCGUCCUUGCAAAUCUUCCUGCCUUGGAUAGACAACAAGGUCACUCUGGCACUUUCGCGGAUACAGGAGGAAAUGGAGCGACAGGGCGUUGUCGAUGUGCUCAAGUGGUUCCUCUUCAUGGCCACAGACAUAAUCGGAGAGCUGUCUUUUGGAGGCGACUCAUUCCGUAUGUUGGAGGUUGGCAAGAAGAACCAGUACAUCCGCGAGCUGGAGCGUGAGGGUGGAGUCUUCUUUGCCAUGCGGUCAACCUUCCCGUUUCUCGCGAAAUACCUGCACUUCCUCCCCUUGCCGGUCCUGCAGGAGUCUCUGAAGGCAUCUGAAAAUGAGCGAUCAUACGCUGAGGCAUCGAUUGCACGGUAUAGGCGACUGCUGGACGAAGACCCGGACAACGUCAAGCCUACACUUUUCACCAAGGUCUGGAAAGCUGGAGAUGAGGGAGCGCUAACGCCGAACCAAAUUCGGGACCAGGCAAUGGAAUACAUCAUCGCUGGAUCGGACACAACAGCUAACACGCUGACUUACCUCGUCCAUUCUAUGUGCCGGAACCCUGACGUACGAGAGCGCUUGCUGAAGGAAUUCGAGGCACUCGGUCCGGACUUUACCGACCACGACCUUAAGAAGCUGCCUUUCCUGCACUGUGUCGUUGAGGAGACCCUUCGACUAGCUGCUCCACUGCCUGCCGCUCUACCCCGAGUCGUGCCUCCUGGAGGCGCUUCCCUCGGCGGCUACUGGCUGCCGGGCGGCUCAAUUAUCAGCACGUUACCGUGGAGCGUCCAUCGCAUGGAUGCGAUCUUCACCGAUGCGCGCAAGUUUAUCCCGAGUCGGUGGGAGAAUCCUACCAAGGACAUGAAAGAUGGUUUCCUCGCCUUCGGCGGCGGUGUGCGGACUUGUGUCGGUAUGCAUCUUGCUCGCAUCGAGCUCCGCUUGGGCGCAGCCAAGUUCUUCCUUAAGUAUCCCGAGGCAAAAGUAUCAACCAAGGAGAACUUUACCGACGCCGAAAUGGAGCAGGAUAUUUACUUCCUCGCCAAGUUCAAGGGAAACAGGCUCCUGCUUGAGCUAUGA